AACCGUUGCGGAUUAUUUUCACGUGCGUCGCGGAGUAGCGACACGCCUUCCCCGUACCCGCCCGCCCACACUCUCUCUCUUCCCCACCAUCUCCGGCGACGGCGAGCGCCUUCUCCGCCGCUUGCGCCGCCCCGUCCUUCCUCCUCCUGAGGGGUUUAAUGCGGGGGGAGCUUAACGCAGGCGAGAGGAUGUGGUCGUCGAGCCAGGCGAGCACGAGGGGAGUGAUGGAGAUGGGGAGGGUGGAGGCAGGGCCUUCCCAUUUCCCCAAGAAGCCCGCGCCCCGUAAUCUCGCCAGGGCCAAUCUAUCGAGGAUAUAUGCAGUUAAAUCUUGCUCAAUUGGUAACCGCACAGGACUUUCUCUUGGACAGUGUUACCAUAAGAUAUCUUCAACCUGUAAAUGCAACUUGGGGUGGUCUUCUCAACCAUCGCGUGGCCUGAGUGAUCAUUUUAGAGGAUAUUCAUCAGCAUCAGAGGCAGUUCUUACUUCCCAGUCUGAUUUCAGAAAACUUCUUGUUGGUAAUGAAAAAAUUGGUGUUCUUUUGUUGAAUCUCGGAGGCCCAGAGACUCUUGAUGAUGUGCAGCCUUUCUUGUUUAAUCUUUUUGCGGAUCCGGACAUUAUCCGUCUUCCUAGGCUGUUUCGCUUUCUACAGAAGCCACUAGCAAAAUUCAUAUCAAUAGUGAGAGCACCAAAGAGCAAGGAGGGUUAUGCAUCCAUAGGUGGCGGUUCUCCUCUUCGACAAAUUACAGACGCACAGGCUGAAGCAUUGAGGGAGGCAUUAUGUGAAAAAGAUGUUCCUGCCAAGGUGUACGUUGGAAUGCGGUAUUGGCACCCCUUCACUGAGGAAGCUAUAGAACAAAUAAAACGGGAUGGAAUCACAAAACUUGUUGUGCUGCCUCUGUACCCUCAGUUCUCCAUAUCAACUAGUGGUUCAAGUCUCCGUUUACUGGAGAGCAUAUUCAGAGAGGAUGAGUAUCUGGUGAAUAUGCAACAUACAGUUAUACCUUCCUGGUAUCAACGUGAAGGAUAUAUCAAGGCCAUGGCAACUUUGAUUGAGAAGGAACUAACAAAAUUUUCAGAACCCCAAAAGGUUAUGAUAUUUUUCAGUGCUCAUGGAGUUCCUCUGGCAUAUGUAGAAGAAGCUGGUGAUCCAUAUAAAGCAGAGAUGGAAGAGUGUAUCGAUCUCAUCAUGGAAGAACUCGAAAAAAGAGGAAUAACAAAUCCAUGUACACUUGCUUAUCAGAGCCGAGUAGGACCAGUGGAAUGGCUGAAACCAUACACUGAUGAGACAAUUAUUGAGCUUGGGCAGAAAAGGGUAAAGAGCCUUCUAGCUGUUCCCAUUAGUUUUGUCAGUGAACACAUUGAAACUUUGGAAGAAAUUGAUGUGGAAUACAAGGAGUUGGCUUUAGAAUCUGGCAUCAAGCAAUGGGGACGAGUUCCUGCAUUAGGUUGUGAACCCACAUUCAUUUCAGAUCUUGCUGAUGCUGUUAUUGAAAGCCUGCCUUAUGUUGGCGCAAUGGCAGUUUCCAAUCUUGAGGCCCGGCAGUCACUCGUACCACUCGGGAGCGUGGAGGAGCUGCUAGCAGCAUACGACUCGAAGCGCGACGAGCUCCCACCCCCGGUGAUUGUGUGGGAGUGGGGCUGGACGAAGAGCGCAGAGACCUGGAACGGCCGGGCUGCUAUGCUGGCCGUCCUGGCUCUCCUGGUGCUGGAGGUGACGACAGGAGAAGGUUUCCUGCACCAGUGGGGAAUACUGCACUAGCGGCCGACCCACGUUUCGAUUCAUCUGUCCACGAUUUUUGCUGCAUUUGGAGAACGUUUUGAUGCUGUAUAUGAAUCGAUUUGCAUCAGGGGAGAGCAAAAUAUGGACUGAAUCCGGCGGUAUAUCAUGCUCAUGGCUCGUGGAUAUGAAACAGGGUGCGGACUAGCAGUAUGAAGAUACUAAAAUCUUACAAUCACAAACACUUGUGACAUAAGCUUCAUGUUUAUCAGUAAACCAAAGUCUUGGAUCAUUGGUGACA